UGAUGAGGGACGAGAAUCAUUUGACAGACAGGAACUUGUCAAUACUAUAUAGCACUACGCUCCUCCCGAGGGUUUCGAAAGCCCAAACCAACACGCACCAGCUUGAUAUCGUGGGAUCGAGAAAGCGGAGAGCCCAGCCCAGCCGAUAUGGACCCGGCCGCCAUCCAGCUUAGCGAAUCGCACCGGGCAGCAAAUGAAAAAACCCAGGAAAAUCAUUGCAACAAAUUUCGAUGAUUCACGCCGCCAUCGACGCGCCUGUUCGUCCAAACACGGCGCCAGGCCUUAUCGUGGGCCGCGGUCGCGCGCGGGGGCUUUCGCUGCUGCUUCUCCACAUUGCGCAGAGGCGGGCGCGCCCUUUCCGAGGUCUGGAGGCGCAAGGAGGAGCCAAAAGGAGCCAGAAGGAGCCAAGAGGAGCCAGAAAGAGGCGACCUCCGAGAUCUUCGCUCUUCCCGCCGACGCUCUCUGGGCCUCCGUACUCCUCCGUGCUCCUCCGUACUCCUCCGUCCCUCCCCGUACGUAUCUCUCUGACUGCGCCGCCGAGGGGACCUCCGCAUGGAUGAUUCCGGUCACGUGGUCACGAGCUGAUAAUACUCCCGGAACGUAUGGUAUGUAUACAAGUACACUGAGGUAAUGCCUCAUAUCACGAACUGGAUUCCCCCGCCGUGUCCCUAUCGCACCUGCGCGACACUCUCCUAUCGCCAGGCGGGCCGGACCGCCCGUGUAUUAACA